CCCGCGGAGCCGCCGCCGCCGCUGCCCGCCCCAUCAGGCGAGCGGCAGGAGACCCGCCCCGGCCGGCAGCGAGCCGGGCCGCCGCUGCAGCGCCAUGAAGAUCAAGGAUGCCAAGAAGCCGUCUUUCCCAUGGUUCGGCAUGGACAUUGGGGGAACCUUGGUCAAACUUGCCUAUUUUGAACCUAUUGACAUCACUGCAGAGGAGGAGCAGGAGGAAGUGGAAAGCCUGAAGAGCAUCCGCAAAUACCUGACUUCCAACGUAGCCUACGGAUCCACCGGCAUUCGGGAUGUCCACCUGGAGCUGAAAGACUUAACGAUCUUUGCUCGAAGAGGAAACUUGCACUUUAUUCGGUUCCCAACUCAUGAUUUGCCUACCUUUAUCCAAAUGGGAAGAAAUAAAAACUUCUCAACACUACACACGGUGCUCUGUGCCACCGGCGGUGGCGCGUACAAGUUUGAGGAAGACUUUCGCACAAUUGGAAACCUCCAGCUGCACAAACUGGAUGAGCUUGACUGCCUUGUCAAAGGCUUACUGUACAUAGACUCUGUCAGCUUCAAUGGCCAGGCAGAGUGCUAUUAUUUUGAAAAUGCCUCAGAUCCCGAGAGAUGCCAAAAGAUGCCUUUUAACCUGGAUGAUCCGUACCCAUUGCUGGUUGUUAACAUUGGUUCAGGAGUCAGUAUUUUAUCAGUCCAUUCCAAAGACAACUAUAAAAGAGUAACUGGAACAAGUCUAGGUGGAGGGACCUUUCUUGGGUUAUGCAGUUUGCUGACAGGCUGUGAAAGUUUUGAAGAAGCUCUGGAAAUGGCAUCCAAAGGAGACAGCACACACGCUGACAAGCUGGUUCGGGAUAUUUAUGGAGGAGACUAUGAAAGAUUUGGUUUACCAGGAUGGGCUGUAGCAUCCAGUUUUGGGAAUAUGAUCUACAAAGAGAAGAGGGAGUCUGUCAGUAAAGAAGAUCUUGCAAGAGCCAUAUUGGUUACCAUCACCAAUAACAUUGGCUCUAUUGCCCGGAUGUGUGCAGUAAAUGAGAAAAUAAACAGAGUUGUGUUUGUUGGCAACUUUUUGCGUGUGAAUACUUUGUCAAUGAAGCUUCUUGCAUAUGCACUGGAUUACUGGUCAAAAGGCCAGCUGAAGGCCUUGUUCCUAGAACAUGAGGGAUACUUUGGAGCUGUUGGUGCUCUGCUUGGGCUGCCAAAUUUCAGUUGAGAUACCAGAUGUCACUACACUGAACUAUUUUCCACCUGAACGACACUUGUUUAUUUCAAUGGGAAUUAAAUCUGGGGAGGGGAGAAGAAAAUAGCUGAUUUUCUGUGUCUCUUUUUAAGAAGUGAUGAAGCUACUGAGUAUUGCUGUUGUAAGGAACGGGGUUUCACUCUGCUGGGCAUUGGCAAGUGAACUGUCUGUGGCUAUUAUUUAUGUUCUUUGGUACGUGUAGCCAGUAGUGAACUUCUAAUAUGCAAUACAUCCUCUGAAAAUAACUUUCCAGAAAAAAGAAUGCCAAACCCUUAUGUGCUCAGGAUGAAAAUAUUGCAGGUUUAUUCCCAAGGCUUCAGGCCCAUCAGUUUUAUAUAUAAUUGAUGACUGAAAAAUUAUUUUCAUUAGUUAUACUGUCAUUAUGAGCACAAGUUUUAUGUUUCCUUACAGAAAAUGAAAGACAGCAAGGUACUAUUGACAAGAUGAGGAAACUGUAGACUGUUGCUUCCCACAGUAAACAUAGUAAUUUUUUUUAUUUUUAUGUGUAAUGGAAAUAAUGCUUUAAUUUCCAGUGGGAAGAAUAGAAACACAAAGAAACAGCCAAAGCAGAAGAUUAAGCAGUUGAUAUUUUGAAGGUUUCAUGAAGAUACUCACCUUCAUUUUUUGGAAGAUUCAGCUGGUAUUUUGGGAAGAUUCCUCUGUCUUUGAUUGGAUUUGGAAAACAGUUCAGUGCUUAAUUAAGGCGGGUUUUGGGGGGAAGAUUUUUUGAAAAUUUUUAUUUUUUGAGGAUAUGAUUUCCAAAAUGCCUUCUGGAUUACUUGUUUUUUCUUUUUUUUUUCCUCCCAUACGUUCUGCCAUCAUGAAUCAUAAAGCCUGAGAGAACUGAAGGAAUCCUUAUAAAAUAUACUAAUUAUGGGACCUCAUAAUUCUGAUGCUUUGGCUUAUUUCUGUGGAGGCUUGGAAAAAUUUUUGUCCUAUCCUACUCAUUUGAAAGUAUGAUUUUCCUGUAAUUUUGUAGGAGUUGAUCAGAAUUCAAGUAGAUGUUGAAGUUGAAAGGUUACUUCUGGAUUUGGAAGUUUGUUUUUGGAAGGUGAGGGCAGCAUCAGAGUUUGUAUUGCAGCAGCAGCAGCAAAUGGACCAAUAUUUAAUGCACUUGCAAUAUGGAACCAUUCAUCAAAUUGUGGCCUUGGGAUAAAAUCCGUACUCUGGAACUGAUUUUGGGGUUUUAUGUAGACUUUUAAAAUUUACAGUUGUGAUUAUUACAAUAACUUUAGUCCUGAAGCCAGGGCAUGAGAUCUUAAACUUACAGGACUGUUAUUCAGUCAGUAGCUCUAUGAUUUUUUUGUGGACUAAAGACCUACCCAAUUUUGUGCUAUUUUCAUGUUCAAUUUAUUUCCUUUAAGUGCAUGAGGAGCAACCAGAGUUAAACACGUUCAUAUCUCGGGGUUUAAGGUUUUUAAAACUGAUUGCUCAAGUAUUCCACAGCAUGGCUGUGUUGUAUUUACAGAUACAUCCCCCUUGUGUUAGAAAUCCUUGUGCUAUUUUCAGUCUUCUCUUUCUCAAAAUUCAAAGCCUCAAACUAACAUCAUAGGUGUUUGCAUUUAAAAUUUUCUGUGGUCCUUUAAGGGUACAGUACCUUAGAGUAGGCAACUCAUUAAGUGCAAUGCUAAUCACAAAUGCAGUUCCAUUUAUUGUUGCUUUUCCCUGGUACUUGUACUCCAUUUCCAUUGUGCUUGCUUUGAUGUUUCACUAUAGACAUAACUAAAAAUUACACUCAACAGUUCAGCUGAUCUAAUGCUAAAUCAGAGCAUUUCAGAAAAUAAGUGAAUACAGUUUUUAUAGAAUGUCUUUAUAAAUGCUGUAAACUGUUCUUUUGAGUUAAGAUUGACUAUCAAAAGUAAUCUUUACUUGGUUAUAAAACUGUGCAAAAACUUAAUUUUCUGAAUGUUCUGGCAGCCUGCUGAAAAUUACAAACUAACUGCAUAUUUUACUUGCAAAGGGUGCUUUAGGAGACAUACUACAGCUCCAUUAGAAACAGUUCCUUUAGACCAUGUGUAUUGCUACUUCAUUUGUGAUACUGAGGAUCCUCUUGAAGCAGUAGUUAGAAGCUACUUGUAUAUUUAACCAAAAGCACAUAUAGCAGAUGAUUACCUAAUACCCACAGUUAAUUAAACAAAUUGAUGUGACCUAACAUACAAUUUUUUAAGUAAACUGUACAGAGUUAAAAAAUAAGCAAAUGGAGUAAUUCUUGAAUAGCUGUACUGUAUAGAAACUACUGUGAGAAUCAAAAAGUAUUCCCUACCUCUGUUUAUUUCCCUCGAGCUUCUAAAAAAAUUGGCUUCCUGUUGCUAAUUUUAUCAGCACAAUUGUUACUUCAUUACAAGAGCAACCACAGCAGUUGUCAAGCCCUACUGUAAAGCCCAGGGGUCCUGUAUUUAAGCCACAUCUUUGGGUUUCAUCUCAUUUUCUGUCAGCUUAGAACUUGUUAUUAGUCUCGAAAGAUUGACUUGACCACCAAGAGAAAUGAUAGGCAUCACAAAUAGUUGCAAGAUAAGCCUUAAUGUCUUCAAAAUUCUCUUAUAAACAGGUUGAAAAUGCUUGUUUCUUUUAUAUGAAUUGCUGAAAUAAGUUGCUUUUUCCUGAUACAAUCUGUUUUUUACUUUCACCCUUGCCAUUUCUUUUCCUCAGAGCUAAUUGGUUGAAGCAGCUUUAGGGUGAAUUGAUUCAGUGAGAGAAAACGUGGAGUUUUCUCAGGACGACUGUUGUCUUCUCAAGUGGAACCACUUUAUGGAGGAAAGUUUUGUGAUAGUUAUUGAAAGUAAAAUGUAAGACCUGUUUAGAAUGUGUAAUCAUUUGCAGCUCAGUCAGCCAUGUGAGUGCCUUUUAAUUUUUUCCUAUAAUGCCAAUUUGAUGGUACUGGGCCUUUAUCCAUGAGGUUUCCUAACCAUUCCUUCAAUACUACUUAUCAGAGAAAUAGCAGGUAAUUUUAUUGGCCAUGGGGAUGAUCCCUUUAAUCCAAUGUAGCAAGAGAUACCAGGAAAACAUCAUCAGGUUUCUGGCUUCCUGUCCCUGUAGCCCAUAAUCUUUGGGUAAUGAUUUUGCAUUUUUUGGUCUUAUCCCUCCAGCUUGGUCCUUUCAAGUAUUAUGCACAGUUUUAUUGUAUCAGCAUCUCCCUAAAAAUCAUGCAAGUUUAUAGUGAGAUAAGUACUGUUUAUUUCUGGGUAGAGAAGUUCAAUCCUAGGUGAAGUUAUUCCAAGCUAUUAAACAUAACCACUUUGACCUUUUUAAGUCUACUUGGGUAAUUGCAGUUUGAAUGAAAGGGGAACUACUACAAUACAUCUUGAAUCUUUAACAGACUGGAAUUAAAACAUCUCAGUGUUCUUUACUGAACUGAGCAGAGGUUUCAAUACAAACAAUUUCUCAUUCUUUUUACUAAAGUCUUGAUACAUUUAGGCAUUCAGAGAGAAGGUGCAGUAAUAACGCCCUGUCUUAGUUUGCUCAAGAUUUCCAAAGUGUGUUCAGGUGUCUGCCCUGCCUUUGGAAGAUGUUUCCGUCUCUCAAGCACCUGUGUGAUUCUACCAACAGGUGCUCAUAAUCAAGAGUUAAACAGUGGAAAAAAAGAGAGGCCAACCACAUUGUCCCACUUAGCCUCAGCUGUGUAUUCAGGAGCUCUGGCUUCUUAUGGAUCAUCUGUUCCUUCGCUGGUACUGUCACAUUCCUACUUGUGCUUCAGUUGGUAGUAUAGAUGCGAGGUGCCUUUAAGGGCUGUAAUACUCUUAGUCUCACCCAACAGAGGUUUUCAGGAAACAUCUGCUUCCAGAUCGGUUGGAAUAACUUCUCAUUUCUGAGUAUUUCAAAACAACAAUGGGGUUUUAACAUUUGGAACUAAUUAAAGGGUCUUUUAUCUAGAGUAGAUCUCUGCUAGAUAAAGACUAGAUGGUGUCUUUCACAUCCAGUCAAUAAUUUUCAUUAAUGAAUAAAUUUGCAGUCAACCUGGUUUUAAAUAUCACUCUCACUGUUGACAUUCUGGAUAUCACUGUAAUCCUGAGGAAGCAGUGAGUUCAGAGCAGAGGUGAAGGUCAGUGUGGUUCUGUUGAGCUACUUCUGGUCAGUUCUGGUUACAGCAAGACUAAUUCUUUCCCUUGUCACUUAUCCUUCUUAUCUACAUCUUUUUAUGUAGGCUUAAAACCCACAUAAUAUGUAACAGAGCUUUGCUGAGGUUAAAAAGUGAACAGACAUCUGUGGGUCAGGUUGGAAGUGUUUGAGCAAGGCCUGGGGACACACUUGGCACAGUUUCUGUUUAGAUGAGGUAAAUUUUUCAUUUCCUGUUAAUGCACAAUCAGAGGGGGUGGGCUUAACAAUCCUUGUGAAUAGAAUGGGAGAAUUUAGUCCUCAGACGUGACCCUGGAAGAUUAAAAAAAUGCUUUUUCACAGUGUAGAAGGAUUAUUCUUGCUUAAAAUUCUUAAAAGUUUUAUUGAUGUAUUCCAAAGUACAUCACCAGUAAUUUGUCAACUGUGGUAAAAUUAGUAAUUCUCAAAGUUAACGAAAGUCUGCAAAUAAGUCUUUUUUAUUAGUUUCAUUUACUUCACACAUGGAAAGCAUAUUAAAUAUUCUUAAAAACACACUUUUGAAAACAUCUCAGAUGAUGCUGUAAUAUGCCUGUAAUUAUUAAUGUGCAAAUGGAAUAUGUUUGAGCAAUCUCAGUUUGCAUACCUGAGUGUCAAAUCCUGCUCACUCUGUAGUUACUUGAGUAGAUCAUUCUUUUAAACUAAUGAGCAAGAUUUGGCCUCAAUGUCUUCUGCCUGGAGAACACAGUAAUGCUACUUUGCAUAUUUCUGCUGGUGCUAAAUCACUUGUUGAAAAUAAAGAUUCUAAGUAGAAAUUGUAAAUAAAAUAUUUAUGGCCUGGUCCUUUUGACAGACUUAAAAUUUAUCAUUUGCCAAUACUUUUUGGCCUUAUUUUGAGUUUCCCUUUUGGGUUUGGGUUUUUUUGACUGUGUGGACUGUGUUUGUUAAUGUGGCAAGUCAUUGGCAGGUGUGGCUUCCUGUGCUUUAUGUAAGGCCCGUUGCACAUCAGGAGACAGAUGAGCUUUCAUGGCUGGAUUUCCAUGUUAUCCUUCAUCUUGUUUUGUUACCAUAGCUGUUUGCACAGAUUGUGUCAAGUGGAACACAAUUGGCAUUUGUUCUCUGCUGAAACUUCCAAGAAAGUAAGCCACUACUGAAAGUGCUUAGGAAAUCUGUUGAAAAGUCAGAAAUACCCAUUUAAAGUAAUUUUAAAACCUCAAUGUGCUCAUUAGUGUCACCUAGAAAAUGAACUGGAAUAUAGUGUGCCAGUUGCUAAUCUUUGCUAUAAAUAGAUGGCAUUUCACAAUUCACAUUUCUGGCAUCAGUUUAAGAAAUUGUAAAUACAAGCUUUGGGAGGAGAUAUAUUAGUUUCAGAUUGUGCAUUAUGAAAGACUAGUGAAUUAGUAUUUUGAGACAUUAAAUUACAACAUCUAGAACAUGAAAAUUAAUGUGUUUGUGUUAGGGUAUAGAUGGCUUUAGAUAACCUGCACUUUUACAUUCUUGAGUUUUGGCAUUUUAAUCAACAAACAUGUAAUUUUCCAUUUACUGUCUCAUCAUAUGCAAGCCUUGUAAUCACCAGAUGCUGUCUUCAAGUAUUUGUUUUCGUUAGCAAAGCAGAGAGGCAAAUUUGUAACUUGUAAACCCUGGUAGGAUGGAAGUUCUCCGAAGAGCCAUUGUUAAGUUGCCUUAUUCUAUUACAUUGCACUCAUGGUAUGUCUCUGCUUUCUUGUUUACUGUUCAGACACUGAAGAUGUGAUGUAAAAAUAUGUGCUACAAAUUUUUCAUCAUAAAUUACUCAUGAAUACCUUUGUGUCACCUGUUAAACAGCUCUUGUAAAUGAUGCCUUUAUGCCAUCUGUAAUACAGCUCUUGUAAAUUGUUUAAAUUAUUUUUCUUUUUAUAGAUUCUCAUUAUUGAAUGUACAGAUUAGAUCCCUUUUAAUAUGUCACUGAGUCAUUUGAUUUGGGCCCAAAUACGGACAAUGCUGUAAUUCAUCCCAUCAAAACUGUAAAUAAUUCUUUACUGCUUCUUUGCAUGAGUGAAGUUUGGAUUUCAUUUGCUUUGUCAUAAACCUACUCCUCUGUCAUGGGCCUACUUUUUACAGUUUAUUUUCCCGGUUUUAUUACCAUUUGUUCUGUACGAAUGUUGAAACAGUACUUUGUCUUUUCCUAAUAAAUAAUUUGAGAUUGUU